ACUAUUAAUAAUAGAGUCCUUGGUUAGUAACUUGAACCUCUUGUCUGCUCUCGUAAAGAUCCGUGCUUGAAAUCUCCCCGUCCUCUUCAUCUGAUCUCUUUUUUCUUUUGAAAUUGAAGAUGGCUGAGAACGGAGAAAUCAGCAUCGUAUGCAGCCACUGUGAGAGAGACAUUCCAUCAUCAAACAUCGAUUUGCAUCGUGUACAUUGUGCUCGGAAUCUAGAAAAAUGUAACAUCUGUGGUGAUAUGGUUCCCAAAAAACAUGCCGAGGAACACUUGUUGAACACACAUGCUCCGGUACCAUGCUCGAUGUGCAAAGAGACCAUAGAACGUGACGUUUACGAUAGUCAUAUAGGAGAAACUUGCCCCAAGAGGACUGUAGCAUGCGAGUUCUGUGAUUUUCCCUUGCCUGCACUUGAUCUCCCUGAUCAUCAGGAAGUAUGUGGCAACCGCACGGAGCUCUGUUAUCAAUGCAACAGCUACGUUAGAUUGCGAGAAACAUUUAACCAUGUCACCAAAUGCCCUGGUUCUUCUGAAUCAUCAUCCAGAAGGAACACAAGAGCAGGAGCACAAGGAGAUGGAAACGGGAGGAGGCGGAGAGAUGUGAACGGUGUUGCUAACAAAAGGCUUUUCUUCACUGUAGCAGUAACGGGAAUAGCUGUCUUAAUGGGAUCUCUCUUCUUCCAGAGGAAGCCUUAGGAUGAGACAUAGCUCCUGUGUUAGUUCUGUAAAUUUGCGCAAAAAUACUUCAGAGAGAUUCUACAUUUUAAUGCUUACUGAGACAGAGACUUGUCCCCCCGCAGAAGAUUUGAUGAUUACCAUGACACUUUCUUUUA